AUGAACCGACCGUUGUUUGUGCGCAUAGUCAACAAGCUAUCCGAGUUACGCUACUUUCAGCCUAUACCGGAUACUACUGGGAAGCCGGGUUUUACUGGUUUACAAAAAUGCACGGCCGCUAUUCGUAUGUUGGCAUAUGGCACUGCCGCUGAUGCAACGGACGAAUACCUCAGAAUGGGUGCGAGCACGGCGCUUGCAUGCUUGCACAAAUUUGUGAAAGCAAUCAUACUUUUUUACGAAGAUGACUACCUUAGACGGCCUACACCAGCCGAUCUCAAACGAUUACUCAAGGAGUCAGAGAGGCGUGGAUUUCCCGGCUGCAUAGGAAGCAUUGACUGUAUGCAUUGGGAAUGGAAAAAUUGUCUUACGGCAUGGAAAGGACAAUAUGCACGGGGCCAUGGAAAACCGACAAUCGUGUUAGAGGCCGUAGCGUCCUACGAUCUAUGGAUUUGGCACGCAUUUUUCGGCCCCCCAGGUACUUUAAACGACAUUAAUGUUCUACACCGCUCACUCGUGUUUGAUGAUAUAUUACAAGGCCACGCUCCAAAGGUGUCGUUCUCUGUUAAUGGGCACCACUACAAGAUGGCUUACUAUCUUACAGAUGGUAUCUAUCCGGAAUGGUCGACUUUCGUCAAACCAAUUCCUCAGCCACAAGAACCGAAAGCACAAUUAUUUGAUAUGCUUCAAUCGGCCAAACGAAAAGAAGUUGAGCGCGCUUUUGGAGUCUUGCAAGCUCGGUUCGCAAUUGUUAAAAACCCAGCUCUUUCAAUGGACAAGGAAAAGAUAGGAAAUAUAAUGAAGGCAUGUAUCAUUUUACACAAUAUGAUUGUGGAAGAUGAAAGAAAAGCUGGCACUCAACGUUAUGAAACGGAAUUUCAACCAGGAGGAGGAGACGGAAGCGGGUCUUCUUCACAAACACGAGUCACGGAUCCAGCACACUUGCCAUCGAACGUCCACAAUAUUAUGGCUACUCGAGAUGAUUUUCGUGAUAAACAAAAGCAUCACCAAUUGAAAACUGAUUUGGUUGAGCAUAUUUGGAAUAAAUUUGGGACACAUCAACCCGAUGCUAAAGGCUUCCACGUCACCUUCGUCAACACCGUUUACAACCACAACCGUCUACUCCGGUCGCGUGGGCCCAACGCACUGGACGGAAUUCCUUCCUUCCGGUUCGAGGCCAUCCCUGACGGUCUACCUGAGACCGACCUGGACGCCACACAGGACAUCCCUGCCCUUUGCGAGUCCACUAUGAAGAACUGUCUAGCUCCUUUCAAGGAGCUUCUCCAGCGGAUCAACGCCCAAGAUGAUGUUCCUCCGGUGAGUGGUAUUGUAUCAGACGGUGUCAUGAGCUUUACACUUGACGCUGCAGAGGAACUUGGUGUCCCGAAAGUUCUUCUUUGGACUCCCAGUGCUUGUGGCUUCAUGGCUUAUCUACACUUUCAUCUCUUCAUGGAGAAGGGUUUAUCUCCUUUUAAAGGUAUGUGUUCUAAUACUUUAAUUGAACGGUUACAAUAUUAA